AUUCCCUCCACAGCAUUUCUCGCAGGACUCUAAGGGCUUGAAUGGGAUAUCAUUCAUUUUGGAUUCAAUGACAGCGUGCUUCACAUAUUCUUUCACUGCAACGAGGCAUAACGCGACGAUCUAAAAAAGUCAAUUAGAGUGUGGCGUGGCGGCACUGUGUCUAUCAUGUGGCUCUUAGUAGCUGUUGCUUCUUACAAAAAGCAUUCAGAGACCGGCCCGUGAGUUCAAGGGGGCGCUGUUAAUGAACGAUUGUCAUUUCUCCACCAUCUCUGUCGGCGCCGGUCAUGCGUCAUGUGCCCACACUCAUGCGCCCCCGUCACGUGCCACAGCUCACAGCGUCUAGAAAAGCUUUUGGCACAAAGAAGACCCUCGAUAGGAACAAAAUAAAUGAACCUGGAUUAUUUAGGCAUGAAAGCUUUUACACCUCUUCGGACAGAUGCUCCGAUUUACGAAAUGUCGUUCACGCAACCAUCAUCUUUUGUCUGACCCAUCGCAAUCAUGGAUCGCACAAUAAGUCCCCGCAGAUCGAAGGAAAAUAGGGUAUAAUUGUCACCAAAUGACCUUGCUUGUUAACAUCGGCAGCGCUGCCGGUAGUUGACUUUUGUUCUACAUUGUCCAAACUUGCAACAGGCAUUCUUGAAUCGAGCAAUAAGCAAUCAUGGAUCGCACAAUAAGUCCCCGCAGAUCGAAGGAAAAGAGGGUAUAUUGUCACCAAAUGACCUUGUUAACAUCGGCAGCGCUGCCGGUAGUUGACUUUUGUUCUACAUUGUUGUCCAAAACUUGCAACAGGCAUUCUUGAAUCGAGCGAUAUGUAGGGGGAAAUCGAAAAAAAUAGUGUCUAUUGUCGUCCGGUGACCUUUUUGACAUCGGAGGCGCUGCCGGUAGACGACCACCUAGGGCUUGAUGAUAGCGACUUAUCGACACCCGGAACGCCUCACAACACCAAGCUUGCCCAAGAAAACUAUAUAAACGGACGCCAAGGCGGUAGGUAUGAGACACCCACCACUCCCUGCCAAGCUCAAGACAACAAACAAUGCGAAUCCCUCUCGACGUUGCACACUCGGUAGUACGUGCUCUGCACACCAUCCGUAGUGACUCUGCCCAAUCGGGUAAUGUUACCCAGACUUCGGUUCAGAUCCCCAGCAACCAGCCAGCAUGGGCCGAACCACUUUCCCCGAACUUGGCUGCCUUCUCUAUUGAGAUGGAUCGAUGGCCAGAUUGGGCGGGACAAAAAGUGGGAGAACCAAACAAGUAUGUCAAUCAGGUACUCACCAACUUGGGUGAACGAACCGGUGUAAUGCCCUAUCUCAGGGUUGGAGCCAACUCGGAAGACCGUGCGACGAUCGACUUGUCCUACGAAGUGAUGAACGCCACUUUCCCCGCAGCCACUGAAGAGGUACCGGUUCCCGAAGCAGACAGCAUCUCUAUCGGUCGCGACUUUUACGCUCUUUCCGGUAACCUUCCCGAUGGUACACCUUUCCAGUGGGGUGUCAAUCUCGCUAGUCUCAACCGCACCGAGACUAUUGCGCAGGCGAAGCUCAUUGCAGACACUUUCCAAGGAGACCGAGCCCAUUUGACUGCCAAUGUCCAUCUCGAUGGUCUCGAGAUAGGUAACGAGCCCGAUUUCUACAGUAGUGGGAAAGGAUUGGGUGCGGCAUGGACGCCGGCAAAUUACUCUCAAACAUGGCUCGAUUAUGCCCAAGGGGUAUCGGAAGUCAUUCAGCUGGGUGGUGACGGUCCCUACCUUACUCCUGGUGCUAUGACCGGCUUCGAGGCUCCCGCCUGGACACCUGAAGCUUCUCUCGAGGCUGGGAUUCUGGACGAUGAUGACAUCCGAUCCGUUGUUAAGCAGUUCAACCAGCACGUUUACUCUGGCGCUUUCGCGGACGGUUACCCUUUGUCCCCUACGGGCAGCUUGAUGGACAAGGGGACUGUGCGGGCAAACCUUACCACUCGAACCUAUGGGCUAAAAGCUGUCAAGAGUGAGGGUCUGCAAUACGUCUUUGCUGAAGGUAAUUCAUACGCCAACCACGGUCAACCUGGUACCAGUAACACGGCCGAAGCGGCCAUUUGGGCCAUUGACUGGAUGCUUCAACUGGCUUCUAUGGGAGUUGAGCGUAUGCACUUCCACCACGGUGUCGGAUUCCGCUACAAUUUCUUCCAGCCCGUCGCUACCGAUGCUGAUCACGACGAUGGAACCAAUAUGACCAGUCGAGCUCACAUUCUACCCGCUUACCAUGCCGCUCUUAUCGUCAACGAAGCAAUUGGUACCAACGGGAACUCAUACGUUGCGGAAAUCAGCACCCCAAACGAUAACGUGGUGGCGUAUGGUAUUUGGGAAGACGGCGAUUUGGUCCGAAUGGUGGUCACUAGUACCGAGGUUUACACUACCGAUGAUGAAGACGCGCAGGAGGGAAGGAACAAGUUUGAGCUCAACCUUGUCGGCGUUGAAGGAAGGAACGCAACCGUCAAGAGGCUGUUUGUCCCUCAAACCACUGCAAUGCACGGACUUACUUGGGCUGGUCAGUUUUUCGACACUGAAGAUGGUAAACCAACUGGAGAAGUCAGCGAGGAGACUCUCGAUAACGGCGUCCUUCAAAUUGAUGCCUCUUCCGCUGUUCUCAUCUGCUUCAAAUAAGUCUCGGUUGGGUACGAGGAAGAACAAAUAAGGAAAAAAUCACACCUCCAGGAAGUGGAAGAAAGAGAGGAAAAAAGACCGAUAAGAGUUGAAAAAUUGGCGCAGGAAGUUUCAAGAUAUAAUUUAGAAGUCAGGAAAGUUUUGGUUUACUUAUGCUGGAAGAAUGUAUA